GAAGUGGGAGCAGGAGGUCCAUGUCGGGAGUAACCUAGCGCGCUAGCUGUGUACUGCUGCUAUGCAUAUGCAUGCACUGCACAAUCACAGCAGUACAUUCGACCGAGGUCCGGGUCAGACAGGCACUGUGUAGACUGUGGUCAAAUAUUAAGUGUACAUUCUACUUCUAAAAAGUUAAAUCUAUUAUGGAUAAAUAGCUUUCUGGUCAAGAAGUCAACAAAAAAUUUCUACAUUAACUGGAUUCUGACAAAAGAACAAAAACAAUGGCGUGCCGUCUGUUGCAGUUCAGGAAAUUCAACCAAACUUUGCGAAGUGCAUUCGCUAACUCAACAAAUUCAUUGACACUGGCUCGAUGCAUCUCGUGUAGCAGGACAACACGGAACGGAAAAGAACCGGCAGAAACGGGUGAUUUGAAGAAGCGAUGGAAGGACAAGGCGGAGACUGUUGUUAUUGGGGGCGGGGCUAUUGGUGCUGGAGUAGCAUACAGUCUUGCUAAGGCUGGUAUGAAGGAUGUUGUUCUUUUAGAAAAGAGUGAGCUUACAGCGGGAUCAACAUGGCAUGCAGCUGGAUUAACAACGUAUUUCCAUCCAGGGAUUAAUGUAAAGAAUGUGAAUUACACAAGUCUUAAGAUAUUUGAUCAGUUGGAGGAAGAGACUGGACAGGCUGUUGGAUUCCACAAGCCUGGUAGUAUACGAAUCUUAUCAACCCCAGAUAGGAUGGAUGAAGCAAAGUAUCAGAUGGCUAGACAAGGAUGGAAUAAAGCUUAUCAGAAACUUCUUACUCCUGAAGAAGUCGAAGAACUCUGCCCAAUUAUUAACAUGGAUGGGGUCUUGGGUGGUAUCCACAGCAUUGAAGAUGGUCAUAUAGAUCCAUACUCCUUGACUCAAGCCUUAGCCAUAGGAGCUCGUAAGUAUGGAGCUGAUAUCUACAUGCCUGCACCUGUUACUGGUCUGAAGCAAUGUGAUGAUGGAACGUGGGAUGUUGAGACCAAUGAGGGUACCAUCCAUGCUCAGAGAGUUGUCAAUGCUACAGGAUUUUGGGCCAAAGAGGUUUGUCAGAUGAUUGGUCGUGACCUGCCAAUGAUCUCAGCCCAUCAUCAGUACAUGGUGACCUCUACGAUCCCAGAGGUCAAAGCUUUGAAGCGUGAGAUCCCUGUGAUGAGGGACCUGGAGGGAUCCUACUACCUCCGUAUGGAGCGGGAUGGGCUCCUGUGUGGACCCUAUGAGAAGGAGCAUAAAAUGAAGCUCCAGGAUGAAUGGGCGGAGAAUGGAGUGCCUCCAGGGUUUGGUAAAGAGUUGUUUGAGAGUGAUCUUGAUAGAAUUCAGGACCAUCUAGAAAUCGCAAUGGAACGUUUCCCGGUCCUCGCUAGUGGUAAUAUCCAGAGUGUUGUUAGUGGUCCUAUAACCUAUUCACCUGAUCUUCUACCAAUCGUUGGUCCAGUACGAGGUCUUCAUAAUUAUUGGUCAGCUUGUUCUUUCAGCUACGGCAUCAUUCAUUCGGCUGGUAUAGGAGAGUAUCUCAAGGACUGGAUCAUGGAUGGGGAACCCCCUUAUGACUUGAUUGAGAUGGAUGCUGAUCGCUAUGGUGAUUGGUGUACCUUUGACUACCAGAAAGCUAAGAUCAGGGAGUCUUAUGGUUUCAACAAUGCCAUAGGGUGGCCUAAAGAGGAGCGUUUCGCUGGAAGACCGACCAACAGAGUGUCUGGGGCGUAUCAGUUGAUGAAGGAAAGAGGGGCUGAAUACGGCUUUCAUGCGGGUUGGGAACAACCUCAUUGGUUUUGCUUAGACGGUGAUGAACCGGGCUACAAACCUAGUUUCCGUAGGACCAACUGGCACGGACCGGUAGGAAGGGAAUAUGAGAUGGUGAUGAAUAGAGCUGGUAUCAUCGACCUGACGCCGUUUGCCAAGUUUACUGUCAAAGGUCCUGAUGCUACCCAACUCAUGGAUGUGGUCUUGGCUAACAAGCUUCCUACUGCUGUUGGAGGUUGUGUAGUAGGUCAUAUGCUGACACCCAAGGGUAAAGUAUAUGCAGAGAUUACCAUUACUAAGACAGGAGAUAAUGAGUACUUCUGUAUCACAGGAGCAGGUUCAGAAAUACAUGAUCUCAGGUGGAUGGAGCAGAAGGCUUUUGAGAUGAAACUCAAUGUUGAAUUCUCCAACGUCACAGAGGAGCAGGGUGUCUUGGGUCUAGCUGGACCUAAAUCUAGAGACAUCUUGGCUGCCCUGACGGACUCAGAUGUCAGCGAAGAAGGUUUUAAAUUCAUGAAGGCCAAGGAUAUAGUGCUAGGUGGUGUAAAGUGCUAUGCUAUUAGAAUUACAUAUUCAGGUGAGCUUGGGUGGGAGUUAUAUCAUGCUCGAUCAGACACAGCGGAACUCUACCAAGCCUUACUACGAGCUGGUGAACCGUUUGGUGUAGGUGACUUUGGUCUGUAUACCAUGAAUGUACUCAGGAUUGAAAAGGGAUUCCGUGGAUGGGGAUCGGAGAUGUUAACUGACAACAAUCCUCUAGAGGCUGGUUUAUCUCCAUUCAUCAAACUCAAUAAACCUGCAUCAUUCAUUGGUAAGGAUGCUGUCCAGAAGAUCAAAGAUGAUGGUUUAUCAAGGAAGGUGAUGCUCCUAAAGGUCGAUGCGGACGAUGUCGACCCAGAAGGCAAUGAGACCAUCUGGCUAGAUGGCAAGGUUGUUGGUAAUACUACAUCAGGAUGUUUCAGCUAUCAUUUGAACCAACCCAUCGCAUAUGCAUACCUUCCCAUGAGCCUCCAGGAUGUAGGGACAAAGGUCGAGGUUGAGCUGCUUGGUACCAAAUGGCCUGCUACAGUAAUACAGGAGCCUCUGGUAUUAACUGAGCCUGUUAGGAGGAAACAGGAGCAGAAACAGCGUUCUAGUUGAUUCCACUAAGCUCAUGAAAAUCUGAGCUAAUGACAAUCAAAACGAACUAUUUUCAUAUAUUUUUUUGUAUCAAAAACUGAGCUGCCUUGUUACUUAUUAUCAGAAAAAAAUUAUGUAGACAUACUUUAUGAAAUGUCUAACAAUCAAAGAGUUGAAUUGCAGAAAUUCUUUUUGGGUAAUAUGCAAUUCUGUAUCAUAUCAAAAAAGCAACUAAAAUACCAAAAUAACAUUUGUAACUAUUUCUAUCUGUGCAAGUGACGUUAUCCAAUCUUAAAAUGAACUGCCUUGUUAUUGCCAGGAAAAUUAUGCAUUUUAUGAGAAAGAUCAAGAGUAAAAAUGUAGUAUUAUUACACUAUACAAAAUGUUUUCCUGGGACAAUAAUUCUCCAUAUUGUGCAUUCUCUGCUUUUGCAGCCGUCAAUAUCAUAACAUAUUUUUUCUCUUUCAGGCUUUCUCCUGCCUUUACAUAUAUACUGAAUUCAGCAGCGGGCAGUAUUCGCAAAACUGGUUGGAUUUACUUUGUAGAGUAAUGUAGUGUAGAUAAUGCACCGUUCGCUCGCUCUAUACAGUGCUUGAUACGUGUAUUUACAGCUAAAUAAGCCAAAGCGCAAGAUUUGUAAGCAAUAAGUGUAUGUGCGCAACAUUAAUUAUAGAAUGUGCUGCUUGGCGGUUACAAUUACGUCACAAUUGAAUAGCCAGAAUUACUUCUUCAAGUUCAUAAAUAAUCUGGAGUCAGAAGAAGUGACAAGCUAAGAGGAAAAUAGAUUGUUCCAAAUAAUAGCCUGAAUUAUCAGCUGUAACUAAUAAUAACAAUAAAAAUAUUGACUGGCUCUUCUUUUAGGAACAUCAAAUAUAUUGACCUCGUCUAAAGACUCUGGUCAAUACAAUUCUGUUGUGGGCAAUAUAUUGACAACAUUGAAUUCUUCAAAUCGUCUCUCAAAACUCACUAAUUUCAGCAGAUAUGUAAUAAUUAGCUUGAUUAGAUGAGCCUGCUCCUAUAAAUGUUUUUAACAGAAAUAUGGUGCAAUAUAAAUGCUGUAGAUCAUCAUCAUAUAUUUGAUGUUCCCCUUAAGGCUAGUCAAUAUUAUAUAAUUCUUCCAGACCUUUUCCAAUAAUAUGUUGUAAUGUUGAAAUUCCACUGAUUAUUCGACGAGAGGGAGAGAGAGAGCGAGAGAAAGAAGGAGAGAAAGAGGGAUUGUUUAUUUGCUUGCCUCUCUUAAAUACCAAAGAUUAAUUUUAAAAUAUUUCAUCCGUAUAUUUUCAUAUCAUUUCAUUUUCAUUUCAUAUCAUGUUUUAGAAACAAGUAAAAGGUAUUUUACUUUGUAUUUCAGGUGUUCAAUUUCCAUAUUUUUGUGAUAAAUACAAAUGUAAGUAAUUAGUUCUUGAAAGAUCAGAUUACUUUCGAAGAAAAGUGAAGUGAGACAGUGCACAUGUACAAUAAAAUUGACACUUUUUGUACUGUAAGUCAGGUUUUAUUCUGUAAGCUUUACUUAUUUCUGAUCUUUCGAUAUCAAAUAAUGAUAUACCUAUUUAGUUUUAUAUAAUUGGAAAGCGUUUUCUUAAUUGCUUGUAGAGCAUGUCAGGACGUGAGCGUCAUCUUCUACAUUUAUACUCAGGCACAUAGUGAUACGUGGAUUCAUGUUGAUGAUAUUCAUACCAAAGAUGACAACUUCAGUAUUUACUCAUUUUGAAUCUUUUUCCUUUUCCUUUUCUUCUUUAUUAUUUUAACAUAUGAGAAACUACAUCAUUAAUUUUUUACUACUGCCAAUUAAGUGCCAAACCAGUUGAUCUUCUAGAAGUUAUUUGCCAAAGUUGAAGCAAUUUUGCAGAUCAGGGCCCUGAAACAUAACAAACAGUCAAUCAAACGUAACUUAAUGCAUGUAAGUUUGGCAGACCGUGUGCAAAAACUGUAAAUAUCGAGCGCAUGUCUCUUUGUUACCCCCCCUCCCAGGAUAUGCAUAGUGCAUGUGUUAUUUGCAUCUUCAAAAUUGAACAGAUUUUAGAGAUUCCAAGUCAUUUGACUUUGACAGAUUAGUAUGUAUAAUUAUUGUCAUUACAUGAUACAUCUUAAUGCCAAGACACAGCUUGAGACAUUUCUUGUUGGAACACGCCAUUAGUGAACUUUCAGAAUACUGUUUAUUUUAAUUCCUUAUUUAAUUUUUUUGCUUGUUACGAAUGUUUUGUAUAUCAUUUUAUUCUGUUUGAAUACAGAUGAGAAUAUUGAGCCAAUAUUGAUAUUCAAUUCAUUUUGUUUCAAUUUUAAUUUUAAGAAAAUUAAACAUGAAGUUCAAAAUAAAACAGCAUUAAACGAUAUGUAAAUACCUGUUGGUGUGGACAGUGAAUUGAUAUUGGGUGCAGCUGUUAAAAACAACCAAAGAGGUCUUGCUGCAAAAAUUUUAAAACUUCUAUGAGAGUCAUGUGUGCUGAAAGAUGGCUUUGUAUAAUUCUUAUAGGCUUCAUAUAAAUCAAAUAAUGAAUUUCUUUUCAUUCGUGCACUGGACAUAAUACUUUAUUCGGUGAAAGAUGAAAUGACUCGGCUAUGCCUCGUUGAAUGGAUCAUUCCAUCUUUCACCUCAUGAGGUAUUCUGUCUACCGCACUCCUAAAUAUUCAUUUUUUUAUAUACCAUUAAACCCACAUUGGAGUUGACCUAUAAUUUAUGGGUCAAACUGUGCACUACGAUGCACGCUUGUUGGAGAGAGGGCUGAUUAAACCCUGAUUCUGCAGUUAAUAUGAUUUAUGUUUGUGUAUGAAUCAUGAUUCAUGUUUGUGAUUCUAGCUUAUGAGGUCACAUGAAAGCAACCUAAGAAUAAAAAGCAAAUUCUGUUACACAUUCCAUCUGUGGCAUUGUAAGUAUGAAUUGCACUUUUCUUUAUAAACAUAUCAGAUAAAUAUUUAGGGAGUUCAGUGUUCACUUGUUUAAUAUACGAGUAUUGCACUCUCAUAGUCAUUUAACUGGUUCACAUUGAAGAUGUUGAAUUGUUUAAAUAGUGGACUAGAAUGGGUUUGACAAUAAGAAGGUGUAAUUAUUCUGACAACCCUCUGUUACAAAAUGUAGAAGCAUUUAAGUUUGGUCAGUAGA